CUUACAGUAUUGCAAAUGCAUGGAAUUACUCGGUUCUGAGGGUUUUUUUGUUGCUGUUUUUUUGUUUUGUUUUUUGAAGGUGAAGUCUGCUAGGCAGACUUUCUUGUAUGCUUUGCAAGCAAUACAAAUUCUGCUUGGGAGCAUUAAAAUUCCCAUUUUUUUGAAUCUAGAUCAAUAAAAUACAAGGAAAUAUUUUUCUUUAAAGUAAAGCUUUUAUUAAAUCUUGAGUACGCUUAAGCACAGUGAUGGGUUGGGAUUUGUAAUGAAUGUAAGUAACUUCCUCAGUACAAGACUAUGUCAUGAAAAUGAGCAGUUCAUCUCACUUGGGAAGGGGUUUUGUGUAUAUAUGAAGCUACCGGAUAUUUAGCCAUUGCUUUGAUUUGAAGAAAGGAUUAGAAUAAUUUAAGCUGCUGUUUUUGACUAUGAAAUUGCUAUGUAUGUUCUGUGAGGCUUUGAUUUACAGAUUCUCCAGGUAAGAUCUUUUUAACUGUUAUAGAAUGCUGCAUGUGAGAACUCCAGACUGAGAGGACCCCACAUCCUUGUUCCCAAUAUUAUUUCUAGCUUGUGUUGAUUUGCUCAUCAGUUGCCAUGCGUAUUCCUUGUCCCUGGAAAGUCUGCACUGGGCACAAAUACUUCUCCUACUAUGUUCAUUUGUGUAGCCCUUUUAUUUUGGUAUGUUUUUCCCUUGGUAUGUUUUAGAUCAGAGUACAAGAACAUUCAGAAGUCUAUUCCAACACUGGAGUAGAACUUCAGCUACUCUUAUAUUGUCUUCAGUGGUUUUCUCGUCUUUUUGUUGUUGUUGUUAUUUUUUAAACAAAAAUCUAAACCUAAGGCAGAGAUAUCUUAUAGCAUGGUAACACCAUACAGGGAGAUGAUGUAACAGUCAAGACUUAAGAGUCCUCACUUUUUUGCUGCCUGUGCUUGUGGACUUGAUUACAAAAUCAGUGGUGUUCCUAGCUUUUUGGAAAACAUGCUAGUUUCAGCUAUAGCCUGAAGUUGUGUGGUACUGCUAGUCCUUGGGCAAAUGAGUUUUCAAGCCCUCAAAAUAUCUUCCUGCUCUGGUUAAGCCAUGUUUUGCUGUGUGAGUAUAGAUGGGACUAGAAGCCAUUUCACUGCCUUGGGAUGGCUAGCUUCCAGGUUGAAAGACCAUAACCCUUUGAGAGAGAUUGGGAAAACAAGCGCAUAACAGAUGUGUAGUCAAGCUGCUCAGUUAAAUCCUAAAAUGUGUUCAUGCUCUGAUGACAACAAUGGUACCAGAAGGUUGAGACAAUGGAGUAGAGCGCUACAAGAACUACUAAGAGUUUGUUGGGAAGACAGGAUGACAAGUUAAAAUGAAACUGACAACUGGAGAAAUGACCUUUAAAAGAAAUAGAAUGCAGUUCAAAAAGUAUGAGAGCAAGUUUCAUGCCUAAGCAGGAAAAAUCAGCUACACAAGUACAGCAUGAGCAACAACUGACUAGGCAGCAAUUCCACCACUAAAAGAAAGAGUCAGGGAUUAUAUUGGACCACAAGCUGGACAUGGUCAAAAACAUCAUGCUGUUGUGAAAAAGACAAUCAUGUUACGUGAAGUAGUUCUGCUCUUCUUGGCCAUUGUUAAGUCUAUUCUGGACACCCUGCCUGAUGAAGGAAGUUGAGAGUGAAUGGGUUGAGAAUUCAGAGGAGAGUGACAAAAACCACCAAGAAUACAGGAAACACGGUUUGUGUGGGAAGGCUGAAAGAGCUGAGUCUGUGGAAGAUGAAUAUGAGGAGAGAGAAACCUGUAAAGUCCACCAUAAAAUAUGUAGAGGCUAAUCAGGUCACAACAUUACUGUCAGAUACAACAAAAAUAAUAAGCUUAAACUGCAGCAAGGAAUUCUUGUUUAGAAAAGGAUUUUUUUUUUCUAACCAGAAAGGACAGUUGCGUACUGGAUGGAUGGACUCCAUCCAUCACUGGAGCUGUUUCUGAACAGGCUAGAUGAAUUUGUCAGGAAUGACAUGUAUAACCAGUCCUGACUUGGACCAGGUGAAGUAUAAGGGUAAAAUGUUUAACCCUUUGAGGUUCCUUAUGUCUCUCCUCCAAAAUACUGAGCAGUCAUUCUAUUCAUAAGAGGAUCAUGUAUUAUUAAAGAAGGAAAUAUUUCAGUUAAAAGCUGCCUCUCUAAAACAUAAUCUUUCCAAUCAUUCUUAAAAACAAACAAAAAAACCAGACAAAGCUAAUUAUGAUUCUGUCAGUUGGGUUAAAUUUUGACUUACGGCCUUUUGGCUUGUGGCAAGAUUACAAAAUCCUUGAUACUUUCAUUGGCCCAGUGUCUGGAAAAUGCUUGUCUAAGACUAAUUUAACUAAAUUUUCCAUGUAUUCAAACAACUUUUUCCACAGCUCUUGUUGUAGAACGUGUAAUGCUAAAAUUUUUGGAGUAAUGUUUUAGUUAAUAAAGAACCAGCUGUAAACAGUUCACUUGAUUCAGGGAGUUGCCAAAGCAGAGAGGCUGGUGAGGCGAUAGGUGUAAGCACACAUGCACUCACUAAGCUAAGAAUGAAUUAAAGGUCAUCAAUAACGUAAGGUUUUUUAUUUGUCACGUUAUUAAAUGUAGUGAAGACACAUACUGUGGGCCACAUUGGUGGCUCCUGGGAAAAUAUUCCCUCCUGUCUGUUUGGCCUUCCACAUGCUUCUUAUAAGGGCACUAGGGAACAUCCCUUACUGUUCAGUAACCUAAAGCAAACUUAAACCCUCAGAGGUGCACAUGUCCUGUUCUUGAUGUAUGUUGCCAUUCAUUCAGCAUUCUCAUAUCUUCUUGCACACAUAGUAGUCAGUAUUGGGCCUAUCAUUGUGUGUCUGCUUUUCUUUUCUGUCAUUACAGUUUUUUGCUGGUUUUGUUUUUUAGUUUUUGUGAAGUGUUCAAUUUUUAACUUUUGUUUUCCUCCUUUAGCCUCAACGUGGUCGUAGCAUGUCAGUUUGUGUUCCCCACCUUCCUGCUCUUCCCUCUAUGUCCUGCAUCCCUCUCAGUGCUCCUUGCACCCCACCACCAGCGCUGUCUGCACCUCUCUCUCCUUUCUACCUUCGGACUGUCCCUGAAGAAACCUUUGCAGAAAAGCUUUCUAAAGCCUUGGAAAGUGUCCUGCCCAUGCACUCUGCCUCUCCACGCAAGCAUCGACGCUCCAGCCUGCCCUCCCUCUCUGUCAGUCCUCCUCAGCAUCCGCGUGGGGGAACACCAACGUUCCCAGAUUCACAGAUAUUUUUCCCAACCAUUCAUGAACGGCCGGUGUCUUUCUCACCACCACCUGUCUGCCCGCCGAAGGUGGCAGUUGCUCAGCGCCGCAAGAGCACUUCAUUUUUGGAAGCCCAAACUUGCCACUUCCAGCCAUUGCUGAAGACUGGCCAGAGUUUAGUUCCACCUGGUGGUAGUCCCACCAAUUGGACACCAGAGGCACUGGUUAUGCUGGGCACAACAUCUCAUAGAGUCGCUGGAGAGCCUCUGCAUGUGCAAGUUAACCCAGUGUUUGAGCCAGCUCCUGUACACAGUGACUAUAGAUCUGGACCAGCACCUCCAGAGGAUGCUCACUACAGAAUGCAUCCAGAAGCUGUAUAUUUGGUGGGCAUGCACUAUCCAUCACAGGUAUCGGAGCAGUAUGAUCAAGUAGCUUAUAACUCACACGUGACUGAACAACAUUUGAAGCAGGUCUCUGAGUCAAAGCAUGUGCAAGGUGGUCCUCCACAAAGCUCUGUGUUUGACUAUCAAUCGGGGCAAGCAUUCCUGGCAAGACAUGUUCAGAACUUGAGGCUGGAUGCUGGGUUGAGUCCCCUUCCUCCAUUAUCCAGUGUUUCAGCUCCUCUGAGUGCAGAUCCUGCUCAGAUGACAUUCCAUCAGGUGUUUGUUCCUCACUCUGCCCCCGCUGUGCUCUCUCACAGCGGUGAUGGCAGAACAAGCUGUGUUUUUGAGUUCCAUGUGCACACGCCGAGCUCUGCUCCAGCAGAAGGGGCGGCUCUACCCCAGCGAGUCUACAGAAGUCGCCGGGGCUCAAUGGAGACCAGUCAAGAGGAAUCCGCUCAAGGCAUAGGGUUGCAUGGUCGGCUUCAGCCCGUGACAGAGGAACAUUAUAACUAUCUUGGUCCUGAUUUAGCAGGUCCCAAGGGGAGCUCUGCCAGUCGGAGCUGGCCUGAAGGAAGCCCAGAAUACUCCAGUGAUUCCUCACAGCUGACUUCCUCUGACACUGGCGAUUUCCAGUCUCCUCCCCCUACAGGGGGGUCAUCUGCUUUUGGUUCAGACUUCUCAUUGCCCAUUGUUCAGCUGCCUCAGAAGGUAUUGCAAGAGUCGCAGCUCUUCAUCUGCUUCCCACAGGGAGCCUCAACUCAGCAGGCCUUGUCCACCUCGCUUUCAUCAGGACCACCUGCACACUAUCCUCAGGUUACAGGAGCAGACCCUUCCAGAAUUUCUCUGCUUUUUAUAAGUCAUACUUUGCACUUAAAGAGGAGCCUUGCUCUUAUUUAGAACCACAUGGAGCAAGUAUCUUAGUAUUCGUGGGGGCGUCUUUACAUUAAGUCAGUAGUCUACUAGGAGCUCUUUAACUUAACUGGUUGCAAUUAACAGAUGAGGCAUCAGCAACCCCUCAGUCUGUGUUCAGCUUUGAGUGAUGUAUUGGUACAGCUUCUGUGUUAAGAAAAACAAAUGGUCAGUGUUUUUUUGGGAUUAGAUACUGUUUUGGAAAGAGAGAGCUGAAGUACCAAAUAGGCUUUUCAACAAUGGGUUUGAUGAAAUGCAUCUUCCAUGAAGUUUGUAUCAGUAGUGAUACUAAAACUUGCUUUGUAUUCCUAUUCCUGCUCCUCAGCUGUUUGAUGGGAAUGUUAUUUGAAGUUGAGCAUUUGUAUGAAUAAUGUUUCAUUGGACAACAGGUUAACUUGAUGGCUGUCAAAAGCUGAAAGAGCUGUUUCUAGGCUUGAGGGAAGGAAGUGGGAAGAGAGAAAUCAAGGACAGUGUGUGUGUAUAUAUAUAUAUAUAUACAUACAUACGCACAUGUAAAUGGAUUUGGAAGUGCCCUUUCAGGAUCAUUAAACAAACUGAACAAGCUGAGUAGUUAACUAGUGGCACAAAUGAAUUCUUAAUAUAGGAUUUGCUUCCUUAUAAGCCUAGAAUAUGGUGUCUUUUUAAAAAAACUGAAAUCUGAGGCAUGAAGUUUAGCUGGAGAUAUGUUUUAUUGAUACAUGGAAAAUGCCGUUGGAGUUGUCAGUCUAAUAUCCUUCAGUAAUGCAUUUGUACACCAUGAAUGUGAGGCGUAUGUGUAUUCAAAUUGUGUCUGUGCUUGUAUUCUGAAACUCAUCAGAAGAUGAAGAUGGUUUUCUUUGUUUUUUUUGGUGAAAAGAGAGGCUUUACUUUAGGUAAACAUCUCUUACUCCUUCUGUUUUUGAAAUUAAGGAUUCUAAUACUUUAGCUAUUACACUAUAAGCAACAUUGUGAUUCCUCUAGAAGAACGAGAGCCUUUUUUGCUUUAUUGUAGUAAGAUCAAGAAUUACGUACUUAAAUCUUCCUGAAUGGGAUGAUAGGGUUUUUUUGUUUGUUUGUUUUUUUAAGAUGAAACAGCUUAAUCUCUAAUGCAAUAGAUAGUGAUUUCUGUUGUUUAGGAGAACUUGUGGAGUGAAGCUGCUAUGCAAGAAGUUUGGAAGUUACUUGGAGAUUGUUUCUCCAUAAACAACUUUUGCUAAACUUCAGGUGAUUUGUGAUGGGUGAAAAAUACAUCUGAAAAUCCUAAUAAGGGAUUCAGAUUAUUUUUACAGAAUAUAAGUUACAGAAGCUCUCAUCUAAUUCAUUAGAAGAUCAGAAUGUAAAGACACAAACUGAGUCAAUAUGAAGAGAGAUUAUUUCAGUGGGAUGUAAGACACAUUUGUAUUCUAGCCAAUAAGGGCCUCAAGGUUUCUAAAACAAAGAAAAGAAUGGUUCUUUUCAUUGGCAGUGUUCUUUCCCUGAAGUUUUUAUAAUUAAAAGAACGCAUUUUUAUUAAAAUUUUUCUAAUAAGCUUCUGCAAGCUGAGUAUUCAAACCGUUUAGAAAUUUUAGCAGAUAUCCCUGAUACAAUACCUAUGCAGCAGAUGUUUCUUACAAAGGCAGUUAGUUUCCAGUGGUGCAUGCUCAGGGAGCUUAGUGGAGAUCUUUGUCCGAUUGUCUCCAGGGUCUGAUCAAAGAAUGCCGGUCACAGAAAUAGUGGUGAAAAUCCAUUCCAUUUUCCUCUGCAUCUUUCACAUUCAUUUGUAUGCCACUCAUCCAUUUUUUUUUCUUUAUUUAUUCAGAUUUCUGUCUUAGCUAGAACGUGGCCCCCAAAUUCAUCCAUAUUUAAUUACUGGGUGAUAGCUGGUAUGGAAAUGAUAUUUAAUUUGGAAUUUGAUAAGCCUCUCUAAAAAAAAACAGAUUACAUGUACAUGUAUUGUAUGAUUUGUUAUUGGUAUGUGUAUUUUUGAUCUUUAUAAUCAGCUUUAUUUUUUUCUAGCUUCUUUUAUCCCCUUCACUUAACAGUGUUCAGAACACUUGUAAAGGUAAAUUUUAAUGCCUGUAUUUCCAGUUACCAUACAUACCAAGGCAUCCUGAUACGCAUCAUCAGUAGAGGAAGAAGCUGGUAGGCUGAUCUGUCUCAUUUUGAGGGGCAUCGGGGAUGCAAAGGCUUUGUUUUCUUGGAAGACUUAUAAUGGAGUUUGGUCCUUUUCCAGCUUGCACUACGUUGUUCUGGUUUUCGUAGUGGAAUUUGGCCAAACAAACUGCUAGUCUAAAAAGAACAGCUAGAAACCUAUUACAAGCAGAUCGUUCCAGGCAGAAAUUACUUUAACUGCCUGCUGCAGAAGCCGUGUGGUUUUUGUUUUUCUUUUAAAGCUGACACUUUGUCUUUUUUCUUUUC